AAUCGCUUUUGGCUGGACUUGAACUCACCCACGUUCUCAGUACCUCGUGUGCAGUUAGAACAUGCCCCGUCAGAUAUUUCUCUUUUACUAUUUCCGUAUCCGAGAAAGGUCCUGCUAGUGACAUUUACUGCCUGCGAUUCUCGGUUGCAACUCGCCUGGAGUUGUCUAGUUUGCGGCGGCGCUUCAGACGAAAGCUUUAGGGAAUGCUGGAAUCAGACUCAUGUUUUUUUCCAAGGAAGCGACCUAGGCUUUAGGACUCAUACUAAUCCUCAACGUUAACUGCAUCGGUGCGGCUCGGCGUGUGUUUCAAACAUGAAAAUUAGGCUCUUUAUAAUCUUCUGCUUUUGGUAUGGUUUGUUUCCUCUCGCAGCCACUGCUACUGCUACUAACUCACAGCCUAAGAUGAUGAGUACAGUGACCGAGUUUCGAGCCGGUAUUAAAACGAAUAACGGAACCGCUUUUACCAGGUACAGUCGUGUACUCAAAGCGCUCCAUGGUUUGCCGUCUAAACCGCCCAAUGGAGGGACUGUCACUACUAAUGCUCAUAAAAAAUCUGGUUUGAAGAUCGACUUUAGCGGCGUCGGCGCGUUCUACCAGUACCUGCGCUCGCUGGUCUCGAAAAAGCAGCCCCCUCUGCCGCCGCCGCCGGAGCCGCCGGCCACGCCGCGGCUCGUUCUGCUGGCGAAUAACUCAUUUGAUGCGAAAUGCCUCGACGGGAGCCCUCCAGGGUACUACUUUCGCCCGGGCACGGGGGGCGGCAAGCACAUGUGGCACAUCUAUUUGCCGCACGGAGGGUGGUGCCUCACUGCCGCGCAGUGCGCCACCAGGAGCCGCACGGCGCUUGGGAGUAGCACGUUCUACCCGGACGACCCCACCAACGCGACACUCUCCCCCAACUUCAAUGGCAUUCUCAGCAGCAACAGCACCGCCAACCCGCCCUUUUACAACUGGAACCUCGUUCGCCUCAUCUACUGCGACGGGGCGGGGUACUCGGGCACGGCGGGGAGGCUUGAGGUCCACAACGACACUGUGCUGUAUCUGGAUGGGUGGAACAUCGUUCAAGCCGUGUUUGAGGAUCUGAAGGCGAAUCGCGGGAUCAAAUCUGCAGCGCAGAUCCUCCUCUCGGGCAGCUCAGCGGGCGGCCAGGCUGUCAUAUCUCUCUGCGAUCGCAUCGCCGGUGCCCUCCCCUGGGCGGCCACCAAGUGCAUUGCUGACUCGGGCUUCUUCGUAGACUCCAAGGACAGUGCUGGCGGGAGCACGUGGCGCGACACAGCAAAGAGCCUGAUUGCGCUGCACAAGCCGAGCUGGCUGGCCUGCAUGGAUGCCCUGCCAGAUACAGACCACUGGAAGUGCUUUUUUCCACAAUACACCCUGCGGAGCGUUAAAACCCCCAUAUUUGUAUUCCAUACACUCUUCGACUGUACGGCGAGCACGCUCGGCGGGCUGUUACCACGAAACGAUUCGUACACUUAUCCAUGUUUACAAGAAGUUUCAUGGACAUCUACAGGGAUUAUAAAAAGCAAGGAGUGGAGCAGGAUACUGUGGAAGACAAAUUACUGUACGGCGGGUGAGAGAGAUGCAUUGUUCGUAGCGGCUUCUGUUCUUUAUGACGAGCUGGAGAGCACUAUCAGAAGUGUAGGUUCUGUGGUUGCGUUCAUUCCAUCAGGAAUGGCACAUGUUACGCUAUGUUACAGCACCUGGACUAAAGCAUGGAUCCGGGGAACGUCGGUGGAGUCCUUGAUAGUACGGUGGCUUGCAAACAAUGUAACCAAUAGAUUUGUGCAUAUGUAAGGCCUCCGUGGUAAAGAAGUUGAGGG